GCGGCUAUGCCCUGGGCGACUCUAGGAAACUUCAAAAAAGUUGUCCAUAACUUUUGAUUUCAAUCUGGGUUUCGUUUUCUUGAAAAAAGUUUAAUUUUCGGGACAAGAUCAUCUGCCUAUUCAGUUGGGAAAUUUCAGGAACAGAAACAAUCAUAUUGGACUCAGCCUGAAGCCCUGUCACCGCAACAAAAUGAGUUUUCCUAAUCCUCCUCCACCAGUACCGCCAUUGCCACCACCACAGCCACCACUUCCUGCCUAUACGCAGGUGCCCUUUUCAGAUGGUGAUGUUGGUGGGUUUUGGCCAGGACUUCCAUUGGAAUACCCUGGCUUUCCAGCUGGCUUUCCAGUAAACCACGAAGAUCUUGAUCUAUAUGAGCGUUUUGAGCAUGCACCUCCUCCCAAGCGACCGAGGAACUCAGAUUAUAAUAAUGCAGUUUCUGAACCAUUCUCAACACUGAUUAAUCCUCGGAUGAACCCUUCAAAUCCUCUGGGAAGUAAAGGAACAAGCCAUAUCUUUUAUAAGACUCGCAUGUGUGCAAAGUUCUCGUUUGGAAGUUGCAAGAAUGGGGAAAAAUGCACUUAUGCACAUGGGAUUGAAGAUAUGAGAGAACCCCCACCAAAUUGGCAAGAAUUUCUUGCUGAAAAAGAUGGAGCGGCUAGGACCUGGACUGAUGAUCAGAGACUAAUCCACAAGAUGAAACUUUGCAAGAAGUUUUACAAUGGUGAAGAGUGUCCGUAUGGGGAAAAGUGCAACUUUCUUCACGAACGUCGUAUACCUAGUUUUAGUUCUCUUGAUGAACGCCCAAGGUCCAAGACUGAUAUGCCAAUGCAGAGGGAGAGUUCUGUAAUAAGCAUUGGAACCAGAGGAUCGUCAAUUGGGAAUCCAAGCGAUUAUGAUCAGCCAGAAGUCAGCAGGCCUGUUGAUCCAAACAUGGAUGCCUUAAGACCUAAAACUUCUUCUUGGAAAACAAAGUUAUGUAGCAAAUGGGAGAUAACAGGUCGCUGCCCCUUUGGAGAAAGAUGUCAUUUCGCCCACGGGCAGUCCGAACUAAAUGUAUCAACUGCCCAAGUUGAUGUUGAAGUGACGGUGAAUUCUAGUCCUUUUCAAACAAAGCCGGUUGCUAUUCCCGUAUUAGACUCAUCCGCUGCUAAUUUAGAGGUUGGUGCUCCUGUACCAGAAGUGAUGCAGGAUAAGAACUUUUCAUGGUGGAGACCGAAAAAGAAGAUGAACAAAAUUUAUGCUGAUUGGCUUGAUGAUCAAACUCCACCUCAUGGCUCUCCCAAUGAAGUCGAGGAUCGGUAAAUCUUUGGCAUUCGAGCUGCCAAAAUUGAAGUUCGAAAGUUCAACUGCAGUUGAAGCUUUAAAUAAUAUUUACCGGACAAUCGACCGGGGUGGUAAAAUCUAUAGUAUACCAUUUUCUUCUCUUUAUACCUUAACCUUAUGGGAUGAUGACAAUAGUUGAUGAUCCCCAUUGGCAUUACUCUGCCCUUCACCAGAAAGAUCAGUUUUGUAUCUAGAAGAGAAUUCCGUUGUCUGUAGCUGA